AUGCAGAAUCAUGGAUCUCAGAAAUUUACAUCAAAAUGUGAAAAUGUUAAAGUAACCUUAUUUAUCUAUGGCAAUAAUUAUGAUCGCAUAUACGGUAAUGCUAAUGGAUCGACUAGAGCUUAUCAGAUAACACAUCGCAGGUUUAAAGGAGUUAUCAUAUGGCAGGGGACUGAUAACGAUUUGUUGACGAGAACUUUACGUGAAUUAGAAAAUAAAGUUAUUGGAAUGGAUCACGGUCCUGGUGAUUCUAUUGGCAUUAAUGAUCUUGAAAUACAGAAAAAGUUAUAUUAA